AUGUCCACGAGUAAAAAGAUGGCCUAUCAGAGAGUUAAUGCAGAACAAAGAGCUCCAGGACAGUCGCCAUACUUAGACAAUGACGACCUUCAAGCCACUGCCCUUGAUCUAGAGUGGGACAUGGAGAAGGAACUGGAGGAGCCUGGUUUUGAUCAGUUCCAGCUGGAGGGUUCUGGGAAUCAGAACCAGGGACAGUCAGAGACUGAGGACCUUAAUCUUGGUUCCAUUCAACCAGCAACUUCACCCAAAGGCAGGUUCCAGAGGCUUCAGGAAGACCCUGACUAUGUUACCAGCUAUACGCGAUCGGCACCAAAGAGCAACCACUGCAAUUUUUGCCGUCUUUUGAAAAUAUUUGGCACCGCCACCGUUGUAUUUAUUUUUGGACUUUUGAUAGGUUAUUAUGCACAUAAAAAUUGCCCUCCAAGUGCUGCAUCUUCAGGAACAGAGGACCGUCAGUUGUACCAGGAGAUUCUCAAGGCAAUUCAAGCAGAAGAUAUUAAAAAGUCAUUCAGAAAUUUGGACCAGCUGUAUCAAAGUGAAGAUGACACAGAAAUAUCAAAGAAGAUUAAGACUCAGUGGACGUCUCUGGGCCUAGAAGACGUCCAGUUGGUGAAUUACUCCGUGCUGCUUGAUCUCCCAGGCUCUUCUCCCAGCACCCUGACUCUGAUGAGCAGCCGCCAAUGCUUUUAUCCCAAUGCCCAGCCGUGUGGCAAAGAGGCUGGAAAAGACAGCGGCCAAGAACUGCUCUAUUCAUACGCAGCCUAUUCUGCCAAAGGAACUCUCGAGGCUGAAGUCAUCGAUGUGAGCUACGGAACUGCAGAUGACUUAAGCAUGAUUAGAAAAAUGAAAAAUGCAACAAAUCAGAUCGCACUCCUGAAACUGGGAAAACUGCCCCUGCUCUACAAGCUCUCCUUACUGGAAAAGGCUGGAUUCGGAGGCGUUCUGCUCUAUAUCGAUCCUUGCGAUGUGCCCAGGGCCACACAUCUCGGUUCAGACGCCUUCCUGGUGUCACUGAAUCCAGGGGGAGACCCUUCCACGCCUGGCUACCCAAGUGUGGAUGGAAGUUUCAGACACAGCCGAUCAAACCUUACCUCUCUGCUUGUGCAGCCCAUCUCUGCCUCUCUUGUUGAAAAACUGAUCUCCUCUCCAACGCAGAGAACCCAAGACGUAGUCUGCACCCCUCUCAUUCUUCCCAGCAAUGAAAUAAGAAUUGUUAACAUGCAAGUGCAGACAGUCACAGAAUUCAAAACAAUUACAAACGUUGUUGGAUAUUUAAAGGGCUCAACAUCUCCAGAUCGGUAUAUCUUCGUUGGCAGCCACCAUCACACCCCACACAGUUAUAGUGGGCAAGCAUGGGCCAGUAGCACUGCUAUGAUCACAGCUUUUCUCCAAGCCUUGAUGUUAAGUGUUAAGAAAGGAUGGAGACCUGACCGCACUAUUGUUUUCUGUUCAUGGGGAGGAACCACUUUUGGCAACAUUGGCUCCUAUGAAUGGGGAGAGGAUUUGAAGAAGGUUCUGCAGAAAAAUGCUGUGGCGUAUGUUAGCCUCCAUGACCCCAUACGGGGCAACUCCAGCCUCCACCCUGUGGCCUCCCCUUCUCUUCAACAACUCAUAGCUGAGAAAAAGCAUUUCAACUGCACCGGACGAGCUCAGUGCCGCAAUACCAAUGUCAGCUCUGUGCAAAUACAAGGGGAUGCUGAUUAUUUCAUCAACCACCUUGGAGUUCCAGCCCUGCAGUUCGUGUAUGAGGACAUCAACGCAUUAGAGGGUCCAAGCUUUCUCUAUGAGGCCCUUUUUCCUCAAAACAAAAUGAAAAUGGAAGAAAUGGAUCCUUUAUUCAGCCUUCAUGAAACCAUUACUAAGCUCUCUGGAGAAGUGAUUUUGCAAAUUGCCAAUGAACCAGUUCUGCCUUUUAAUGCUCUUGACAUAGCUUUGGAAGUUCAAAACAACCUUAAAGGUAAUCAACUCAACCCUCAUCAACUUCUGGCCUUGGCUUCACGCCUGCGGGAAAGCGUGGAGCUCUUUCAGUCAGAUGAGAUGCGUCCUGCUAAUGAUCCAAAGGAGAGAGCCCCCAGCCGCAUCCGAAUGCUGAAUGACAUUCUCCAAGACAUGGAGAAGAACUUCCUGGUGAGGCAGGUGCCACCAGGCUUUUACAGAAAUAUCUUGUACCACCUAGAUGAGAAGGCCAGCCAGUUUUCCAUACUCCGAGAGGCAUGGGAGCAAAACAAAUCACUUCCAUCAAAUGAGACCCUUCAAGAAGCCCUGUCCGAGGUGUUGAAUAGCAUUAAUUCAGCUCAGGCCUACUUCAAAGCAGGACUUGAUGUGUUUGAGGGUGUCUUGGUUGGAAAGAACUGAGCAAACUCUCAGCAUUUUAAAAAGUUUGUUUACAAUAUCACCAGCAAAAGCUCUAAUAUGACCAGCAUUUCUGAUAUGGAAGACUUUUCCCUCAUCCUCAGUGGCCUUUUUUG